GCUGCGCCGCAUGCAUUGGUGUCUCUGGAGGCUGGAGACGGUCGGCAUGUGUGCUUGAAUCCUGCAGAGGGAAGUGAGGGGCGGAGACUCGUCUGUAAGGCGUCUCGCAGGGGCGGCCUCCCAGCGCACCCCCAGGGUCUUAGGCCGGGCUGAGCAGCACCUCUUGGCCUGGCAGGCAGUCGCCUCUGCCUGUGCCUGCACACUGCGGCUGGUGGCCGGCUUCUGGCCUGGUCCGCCAGACAUCAGCUGCACCUUGGGGUCAGCCCCUGUGUGGUGUCUUCAUGCCAGAGCAGGGGCCGGAUGUGGGCGGCUCAGUGACACCCUCCCCAGGGCUGGGUGAUAUGGGCACUCCCAGCUCCCUGUACAUCCCAGGGCUGCGUGCCUGGAAGGCUUGGCCCCUCAGGUGCCCCCCCGCCGCUGUGCAUUUGGCCAUCAAGGUCCGUGCCCUCAGCUUCCUGCCAGGCCCUGGCCUAGCAGUCAGGAAGAGCUGAGCAGUGCUUUCGGGACAAUCAAGGGAGCGUCGCUGGGGUGCUCCGAGGGUCAGAGGUGGAGACGGCAUGGCCCAGGGCAGGCAGUGGCAGGCUGGAUGCUGAAAACCCGGCAGCACCUUUCCCGGUGGCUCCUGGGAAUUGGCCACAUGAGAUAGAAGCUUCCAGAACAGUAGGCAGAGCCUUCCUCAGUUUCCCUGCCCACAGCACGCACCCUCUGUCCUGUCCUCCGUCCCCUGGUUCUUGGACACUGGGGACAUCUGGGUGCAGCUAGAGCCUGUGGGGGUGGCCUUAGCCCUGGGGGGCGGUUCCCAAGAGGUGACAUAGGGGCCACUGGAGCCCGGUCUCGGGCCUGGCACUGCCACCUCGGGGUGAGUGCCCCUCACAUGUUUGGCGGGAGCCAGGGCCCCUGGCUGACAGCAGGCCCCUGAGUCCAGUAAGACUUUGACCCCGACGCAGGCUUCAGUGAUUGCCGUGGAUCAGAAGCCUGAGCGCUUUGGCUCGAGACAAUUAAGGACGUGGGAUGAGGCUCCGAGACAGGACGCGGUUCUGCCUGGGGAUCCUGAAGAUAAAAAGCUUUGAAAAGUCGAAUUCAUGGUCGUGGAAGCCGAGCCCAUAUUAAGAGAUGUCAGGUGUCCGACCUCCGAUCAUGAACGGGCCCCUGCACCCGCGGCCCCUGGUGGCACUGCUGGAUGGCCGGGACUGCACGGUGGAGAUGCCUAUCCUGAAGGACGUGGCCACUGUGGCCUUCUGUGACGCUCAGUCCACGCAGGAGAUCCACGAGAAGGUCCUGAAUGAGGCCGUGGGGGCCCUGAUGUACCACACCAUCACACUCACCAGGGAGGACCUGGAGAAGUUCAAAGCCCUGCGCAUCAUAGUCCGGAUCGGCAGUGGUUUUGACAACAUUGACAUCAAGUCGGCCGGGGAUUUAGGCAUCGCCGUCUGCAACGUGCCUGCAGCGUCUGUGGAGGAGACAGCCGACUCGACGCUGUGUCACAUCCUGAACCUGUACCGGCGGGCCACCUGGCUGCACCAGGCGUUGCGGGAGGGCACGCGAGUCCAGAGCGUGGAGCAGAUCCGAGAGGUGGCGUCCGGCGCCGCCAGGAUCCGUGGGGAGACCUUGGGCAUCAUUGGACUCGGUCGUGUAGGGCAGGCGGUGGCGCUGCGAGCCAAGGCCUUCGGCUUCAACGUGCUCUUCUACGACCCCUACCUGUCAGACGGCGUGGAGCGGGCACUGGGGCUGCAGCGCGUGAGCACCCUGCAGGACCUGCUGUUCCACAGCGACUGCGUGACGCUGCACUGCGGCCUCAACGAGCACAACCACCACCUCAUCAAUGACUUCACCGUCAAGCAGAUGAGACAAGGGGCCUUCCUGGUGAACACGGCCCGGGGUGGCCUGGUGGACGAGAAGGCGCUGGCCCAGGCCCUGAAGGAGGGCCGGAUCCGCGGCGCGGCCCUGGACGUGCACGAGUCGGAACCCUUCAGCUUUAGCCAGGGCCCCUUGAAGGACGCACCCAACCUCAUCUGCACCCCCCACGCCGCAUGGUACAGUGAGCAGGCAUCCAUCGAGAUGCGAGAGGAGGCAGCACGGGAGAUCCGCAGAGCCAUCACAGGCCGGAUCCCAGACAGCCUGAAGAACUGUGUCAACAAGGACCAUCUCACGGCCGCCACCCACUGGGCCAGCAUGGACCCCUCGGUUGUGCACCCAGAGCUCAAUGGGGCCGCCUACAGCAGGUACCCUCCUGGCGUGGUGGGUGUGGCCCCCACUGGCAUCCCAGCUGCUGUGGAAGGCAUCGUGCCCAGCGCCAUGUCCCUGUCCCACGGCCUGCCCCCUGUGGCCCACCCGCCCCACGCCCCUUCUCCCGGCCAAACUGUCAAGCCCGAGGCGGAUCGAGACCACGCGAGUGACCAGUUGUAGCCCGGGAGGAGCUCUCCAGCCUCGGUGCCUGGGCGGAGGGCCGGAAGCCUCUCGGACCCGAGUGUGCAGAGGAGGUGCCUGUGUGGCAGCCCUGGCGCUGCAGAGACUGCCGGGCGGUGCAGGAGGCGGGUGGGCAGCGCCGGUCCCGUGUCGGUUGUCGUCCGUCCCGUGGGCUCUCUGUCCUGUGUCGUUCGCGUCCCUCGUUAAGCAGAAGAAGUCAGUAGUUACUCUCCCAUGAACGUUCUUGUCUGUGUACAGUUUUUAGAACAUUACAAAGGAUCUGUUUGCUUAGCUGUCAACAAAAAAAACCUGAGGGAGCAUUCGGAAAUCAAUUGGAGGUUAUUUUUUCCUUUUCUAUGUUGGAACGUGCCCCAGAUGAGGCAGUUGGCAAACUUCUCAGGACAAUGAAUCCAUCCCGUUUUUCUUUUUAUGCCACACAGUGCAUUGUUUUUUCUACCUGCUUGUCUUAUUUUUAGAAUAAUUUAGAAAAACAAAACAAGGCUGUUUUUCCUAAUUUUGGCAUGAACCCCCUUGUUCCAAAUGAAGACGGCAUCACGAAGCAGCUCCAGGAGAAGCUUGGGCGGUGCCCGGCACGCCCGCUGCCCGCCGAUGUCUGUCCUGGGGACGCGGAGGGUGGCAGCGUCCCCGCCUGCACCGGUGCCGUCCUGCUGAUGUGGUAGGCUAGCAAUAUUUUGGUUAAAAUCAUGUUUGUGACUGUAACCAUUUGUAUGAAUUAUUUUAAAGAAAUAAAAAUCCCGGAAAGAGCCA